AUGGCGGACUUCUCGACCAGCGUCCUCGGGUUCCGCCCGUUCACCCUCGACCUCCCCCGCUAUACCGGUCUCCCUUACUCCAUCGCCCCCACCUCGACGUCUCCGACCAGUGCGACGUCGGCGUCGACGCACCACAAGGACGGCACGCACGCCAACUCGCAUGUCGAGCAGGACAACUCGCCCUCCAUCGACGUCCUCCGCGUCGUCCUCCCGACCCUCUUCGGCGCCCUCGCCUUCUUCGGCAUCCUCAUCGCCCUCUCGCUCUACGUACAGCGCAGGCAACGUGCGAAGGAGGAAGCGGCGGGCAUUGUCCGCGCCAAGCUGAUCCGCAGGGACAGGAGCAUGAGGGAGAGGUCGCCCAUCAUCUCGCCUCUCGCGCCCGUCUCGGCCCGCGACUCCGCGUCGGUCUUUGAGCUGGACGAGAUGGAUCGUCAAACCCUCUCGUCGCUCAAACAGUCGGAAGACGUCGCCCGCCUCGAGCGCUCCGCUUCGUUCAAGACGCACAGGCUUCCUCGCGUGCCGCCUCCGGCGUACGAGCCGUAA